CCUACGUCACUAGCCAGCCCACAGUCUGUGCUAAAAGUAUAAUCCUGAGCCAGCGCAAGUAUGGAGUCUUUGCUCAAGUCACCAAUGAAACUUGUAGUUUUGACAGCAUGGCUCUUCAGCGUGAUGAACCCAUGCAGCCUCUCUGACAUUUGUGAUUCUUGUCACCAACUGGCAACAUGCAAGGCCCUGAACGGAUCAAACAAUGCCUGCUUCUGUAACCAAGGAUACACUGGAGAUGGAACUACGUUUUGCAAUGAUGACAACGAGUGCCAGAAUGUGACCGAUAUCUGUGGAGACAGGGGAAUCUGCACCAACACAGCAGGCAGCUACUACUGUACAUGUGUCUCUGGAUACACAUCAACAGGACUGGACCAGUUCCAGCCCAAUGAUGGCACCGAAUGUAUCGAUGUUGACGAAUGCAAGUCUGGACAGGUCUGUGGACCAAAUUCACACUGCCAUAAUACGAAUGGAUCUUUCUAUUGCACUUGUCAGCGUGAUUACAUCCCAACUUCAGGCUCGAACCACUUUCAUCCAGGGAGAGGAGCAAGCUGUAAAGAUCAUCCCCAAAAAUUCUGCCAUGACAACAUCAGGUGCAUCACGCAGACAGUCAACAAAACACUUGAAUAUAUGAAAAACCUCACAGAUCCGCAGAGUGUACUGAAGGAAAUUGCUAAGCAGACGUCCGGAGAGCUCACCUCUGUGGAAGUGAUCGCAUACAUUGAGGCCUUGAGUCAGUCUGCAUCAACACUGGCUGAUUACACUGUCAAACCUUCCCUCGUCAACUCAACUCUUACAAAAUUAGUGAAAGCAGUAAAUAACUUGGUGGAGAAGGAUGAGCUGGUGGCUUGGAGCAGAAUGAAAGAAGAGCGUCGGGAGCAUACCAUCACCAAGCUGCUGCAUACUGUUGAAGAAAGUGCUCUGACACUUGCCAAGAAGUACAAAACUCCCACUGAGCUGCAAAUCAAAGCCCCUGAAAUGGAAUUGAAACUCUUCACAUUUGAUGUCCGUCACACAAAAGCCAAACUGUCUGCCUCCAUGGCCGGGGAUCAGAUAACUCUGACUCCAAAAUUGAGAGCAGAGGAGGACAGAAACGGAAGUGUGUCGGUGGUGUUUGUGCGAUAUGACAGCCUCAAUGACAUCCUGAAACCGAGCAGCGACCCGGGUGUCACCGACUACUUGCGCUAUGCAGGAACAGGGGAAAUCACUGUCAACUCCCAAGUCAUAGCAGCAGCCGUCAAACCUGCUGACGUUUACCAACUUGACCAUGUCACCUUUACUCUGAGACACAACGAGCCCAUCGACACUAAAGCUGAUGUGACCAAGUGCGCCUUCUGGGAGUACGAGCCCGACAGUCUGCAGGGCCGCUGGGCUACUCACGGCUGCAAGACGGUCCACUUCAACAGCAACGCCACCACCUGCUCCUGCAGUCACCUCACACACUUCGCCGUCCUCAUGUCCUCCGGGCGAGCAAAUCUGGUGGCCCACCAUACCAUCCUGACCCGGAUCACCCAGCUGGGGAUGAUCAUCUCCCUCAUCUGUCUGUCCAUGUGCAUCUUCACCUUCUGGUUCUUCAGCGAGAUCCAGAGCACCAGGACCACCAUCCACAAGAACCUGUGCUGCAGCCUCUUCAUGGCUGAGUUCAUCUUCCUGGUGGGGAUUAACAUGAACACACACAAGCUUUUUUGCUCUGUUAUUGCCGGGCUGCUGCACUAUUUCUUCCUCGCAGCCUUUGCCUGGAUGUGCAUCGAGGGCAUCCAUCUCUACUUAAUCGUGGUUGGCGUCAUCUACAACAAAGGCUUCCUGCACCGUAACUUUUACAUCUUUGGCUACGGGAGCCCGGCCGUUGUUGUAGCCAUCUCAGCAACACUUGGCUCCAAGUAUUACGGGACUGAUAAAGUGUGUUGGCUGAGCACAGAAAACCACUUCAUAUGGAGCUUCAUUGGGCCCGCAUGUUUGAUCAUUCUGGUUAAUCUCUUGGCUUUCAUUGUAAUCAUCUACAAAGUGUACCGGCACACUGCUGUGAAAAAGCCUGAAAUCAGCCACUAUGAAAACAUCAGGUCGUGUGCCCGUGGUGCGUUGGCUCUGCUGUUCGUCCUGGGAGCCACCUGGACGUUUGGCGUGCUGCAUAUCCUCAAUGAGACCACCCUCACUGCCUAUCUGUUCACAAUCACCAACGCCUUCCAGGGGAUGUUCAUCUUCAUCUUCCUCUGCGUCCUGUCUAGAAAGAUCCAGGAGGAGUACUACAGGCUCUUCAAAAACGUGCCUUGCUGUUUUGAAUGCCUGAGAUGAAUAAAUGCAUCAUCUGAAUAAUAGUCAGCACCACAUCUCAACAAUAUCCUGUGACUCAUGCUUUUUGUUUUCUCAAAAUGAUGUAGGAGGAAUUGCUCAGAACAGAUAUGAAAUAAAUGAAGACAACAUAGCACUUGUAUUAUCUAAACGUGUUGUUUUUCCUUUUAAAAGACUGCCAUCAUCUAUACAUAUUUUGUUAUGUGUUCAGGAUCUCUCUGUACAAUUUUACAUUUGAUUUCAUGCUUAUUCAAGUAUCACCAUUACAAAAGAUAACAACAGUCUACUGUCUUUGUCCCUUUCUUUGUGUUUGAAAUGUAUUUGUAAAUUAUUAAAAGAACAAAUUUGGCAACCUGA